AUGGCUCCUACAUCGAGAGGAGUGGAAAUGAUAAGCAUCGUUACGGUGCUUGUUAGUCUCGCAUUUUUGGCAGUCAUUCUACGCAUAGUCGCCCGAUUCAAACGCAAAGUACAUUUCGGGGUGGACGACUACCUUUGCUUUGCAUGCAUGCUCCUACUAAUCGGCAUGCUCAUUGAAUUGUCUCUUUGGGUCACCAUCGGCGGCAAUGGCUCUCACCAAAGCAAACUGAGCAACGAGACAAUGAUGAACUUCUACAAGAUCUUCCUCGCCAACCAAUUCACCUACUUCUCCCUCUGCCCCCUCAUCAAAGUCUCAAUCGUCUGCUUCUACCGCCGCAUCUUCACCACCCGCACCUUCCAAUGGACAUCCUUCAGCAUCAACGUCCUCAUAAGCCUCUGGGGUCUGGGCGUCUUCCUCGCCUGCGCUCUCCAAUGCCGCCCCCUAAAAGCCUACUGGGACCAAAGCGUCGACGGCCAAUGCCUAGACGGCUAUACCCUAAUCGUUGUCAAUCAAAUCUUCAACGUAGUCAUGGAUUUCGUCCUCCUAGCCCUCCCCAUCCCCUUGAUCUGGGGUCUCCACCGCGCCUGGCAAGACAAACUCGCCAUCAACGGCGUCUUCGCUCUCGGCGGCUUCGUUUUCUUCGCGAGUAUCUUCCGCGUUGUCGUCCUCUUCUGGAUCAAUGAGUCGGAUAUGACCUAUACCGUCUAUCAAGCUACGCUAUGGACGCAUAUCGAGCCCUCCAUUGGGCUUAUUUGCUCUUGUUUGCCCACCAUCCGAGGCUUGUUUCCGAGAGGAAAGCUCUCGAGCAACAACUACAAGUACCGGAAUGAGGUCCCCUAUUAUGGGAAUACCGAUGUCAGUACCUCGAACUUCGUGGCUACGGGUCGCAAGACUCCCACUGCGGAGUCUAUUAAGUUGGAGAAUGGUGUCCCGAGAAGGUCGAAUUCGAGUGAGGGCGGUCUGCCCUCCAGUGUUAAGAGUAAUGAUACUAGCUGGCUGGAUAUUACUGUUCGCACGGAAAUUGAUGUUAGGCAAGACGAUCUGCCGCGGUAUUUGAGAUGAGGUCGGUCGACUGUGUGAGACUUGGUCUACA